CGGCCCGCGGACCCGCCUGGCUCCGGUCACUCGGUCGGUGCGUUGCUCCGGUUCCCGUUCCUCCGGUUCCCGUUCCUCCUCCUGGCGCCCUCCUGACCCGGAAGUGCUGACGGUUCCCCCGCGGUCUGGCGCGUCCGACCCGAGGGUCGCUCCCUAGAUCGCUCCCGCCUCCCCGCACCCAGCCCCCCGGCCCGGCCUCCGCGGCUGUCAGGGGGCUGCGGGCCGGGGCUCCGUCGGUCCGCGGUCGGGCGGGUGAGGCGGGACGGGCGCCGCCCGCCCAGCGCCCGGGCACACGCUCGCGGCCUCCCGGUCUCGUUCAGGCGGAGGACUGGGGGCGGCAGACGCCUCAGAGCUCGCCGCCCACCGAGUGUGCAGCGGAAGGCGACGCGCGACGGGCGAGGACGGAGAACGGCCUCGGGUGUGCGUCCGGCCGUCGGAAAAUCUCGAAGGGGCGGGAGGAGUCCGGCAGGUGAUUUUGGGGGGCACAAAAACCUUCUUUGAAGAACUUUGUACAGUGUUGAAGGAUGGCAGAAGCAGUGUUGAUAGAUCUCUUUGGUUUGAAAUUAAACUCUCAGAAAAACUGUCAUCAGGCAUUACUAAAGACAUUGAACGCUGUCCGAUACCACCAUGGUGCCAAGGCCAAGUUCCUUUGCAUAAUGUGUUGCAGUAACAUCAGCUGUGACCAUGAUAAUUGCGAAUUAGAAACAAGCAAUGGAUUAUCUGCUUUCCUGAGAGAAUUUGAGACUGUUAGCAAUCCCAGCAUGGCUGCCUCAUUGUAUACCAUUAAACAAAAAAUGGAUGAAAAAAAUUUGAGCAGCAUUAAGGUGAUUGUGCCUGUGCACCGGAAGACAUUAAUGAAGGCUUUUAUUGGUCAACUCUUCACUGAUGUUUACAAUUUUGAGUUUGAAGAUUUACAGAUGACUUCGAGGGGAGGUCUUUUGAAACAACCUACUGAAAUAAACAUAAUCACAGCUCAAGAACUAGAAGCAAUCCAGAAUGAAAUAGAAACAUAUUUGAGAAGUUUGCCAGCACUGAAAGGAGAAUUAACCAUUAUCACAUCUCCUUGGAUCCCAGAUAUUUUCAUACAUGGAUUUACUACAAGAACAGGUGGGAUAUCUUACAUACCAACUCUCAGCUCAUUCAAUCUCUUCAGUAGUUCCAAACGGAGAGAUCCCAAGGCUGUUGUUCAAGAAAAUCUGCGUAGGCUGGGGAGUGCAGCAGGAUUUAAUGUGAAGAAAUUUUACCAAAUAAAGACUGAUCAUGCCAAUGAUGUCUGGAUUAUGGGAAGGAAGGAGCCUGAAUCUUACGAUGGAAUCACCACAAAUCAAAGAGGAGUCACAAUAGCGGCUCUUGGUGCUGACUGUAUACCUAUAGUUUUUGCCGAUCCUGUCAGGAAAGCAUGUGGGGUUGCUCACUCUGGUUGGAGAGGUACUUUGUUAGGUGUUGCUAUGGCUACAGUGAAUGCUAUGAUAGCAGAAUACAGCUGUAGUUUGGAAGACAUUAUUGUUGUACUGGGGCCUUCAGUAGGACCUUGCUGUUUUACUCUUCCAAGGGAAUCAGCAAAGGCAUUCCACAAUCUUGAUCCUGGAUGUGUACGGCUCUUUGGCUCACCAAAUCCCUAUGUUGACAUCCGUAAAGCCACGAGGAUUCUUCUAGAACAGGGAGGAAUUCUACCACAGAAUAUUCAGGACCAGAACCAAGAUCUCAACCUCUGUACCUCCUGUCAUCCUGACAAGUUUUUCUCCCAUGUCCGAGAUGGCCUUAACUUUGGUACACAGAUUGGCUUCAUAUCAAUUAGAGAAUGAGAUACUUGACUGGAUUUUUGCAUAACUAUUUCCUGCUUCCUUCCAAACCAACUGUGAGAGAAAUUUAGCUGUCUGAUAUACUUAAAAUCAAAAGGAUUAUAAUGAAUAAUUCAUCUUUCAGAUAUAUUUUCAUUAUUAUCCAAAGCCAAAUGAUUUCAUUGAUUCUAACAAUAACUGACACAAAAUCAAUAUGAUGUAUUGGGUUGGCCAAAAGGUUUGCUCAGUUAAUGAAUACGUUGUUCAAUAACAUUCCUGGUGAAAAUGAAAAAUGUGUCUUUUAUUUUUACUUAAACCCAAAUGAACUUUCUGGCCAACCCAGUAGUUUAUAUGUUACACAGAUAAGGAUUAUUCUUAAAGUUUGUACUCUGUAUUUGUUAUGUAAAUCAGGAAUAGGUCUAUUCAGUUUAGUAUUUAUUGGGUAGCCUCUAUUUGUCAAGUGUUGUGUGAAUCAUAGAUGAAAUCAAGAUGAGUAAUACUUUUUCCCUUUGAGUCUAAUGCAGUGGAAGAGAUAAACGCUUCUAACACUUUAAUUUUAAUAGCCAAAGAGUACAGGAGAAGGGAGGAUUAAUUCUAUGCGAAAGGCAGAAUAGAGAAGGUAUUACAGAAAAAAUAACUUACCACAUGCGCCCAAAAGAUGAUGUAUAGGCUUUUGACAAAUAAAGAACAACCAUAACAGGUAGAGGGAAUACCGUAAACUAGGGCAUGAAACUGUACGUGUAUAACAUGUUCUGGAAAGUGAAAGGUGUGGGCAGGAGUUACUGGAAAAACAGGUUAGGAACAGAUUAGUUCGGGUCUCAAAUGCCAUGUCAGAGAGGUUGGAGUUUAUUUUCCAGGCAAAGAGUAGGCAUAGAAAGUAGAGUGUUUUUAUGUCCUUGGCAUUAUAUUUAACAGGAUGGAUUUAACUUGUGAGAGACUAAAGCAGAGAGAUUAGUUAAGAGGCAGUCAUGAUACUCUUAAAAAGAAAUAAUGAAACCUGAAUGCAGUGGAAAUUAAAACAGAGGCAAGAGUAGAUGAAUUAGUGAGACAUUUCAGAGAUGGAAUCUGCAGAUCCUGUUCCUAGAUCAUGGAGGUAAGAGGUGAGGAAGAGUGGAGAAGUCCCUGGUGCCUCCACAGUCUCUGCUUGGCUGACUACCUAGAGUGGCAGCAAAGAUGGGGAGGAGGUUUGGGGCAAGGGGGAGGGAUAAUGAGAUUGACACACAGACUGAAGUACAUCCAGAUGGAAAUAUGUGGUCAACAAUUAGAAAUAGAGACCAGGAACCUGGGAGGGAGUCGCAAAAAAGACA